GACUCAGUUUGUUCAGUUACGUGAAUAUGAAAGUUUGCGCGUUCGUUCACGAACGACAACACUAGAGAAGUAGUUCAAUAGAACGUGUCGCUCAGCACUAACGCCUAACCUAAAUUAAUUGUAAAAAACACACAAAUUUAUUGAAUUAAAUUUAAACAGUAAGGCAUGGCAGAAGCAGAGCAUGAAGUAGAAGUCAAUGGCACUGAGGCUGAGGAUGAUGCACAGGAAGAGGAUAUUAAGCAAAAGAAGCAAACGCGUCAUGAUGGCGGUGCUGCCGAUUUGGAGCGUGUGACGGACUAUGCCGAGGAGAAGGAGAUAUCAGCUGCCAAUAUAUCAAGUGCAGUGGAACAGUUUGGCAAUCAGCGCAGUAAGGAAAACGAACUGAGAGUGGCCAAAGAGAAGGAGCUUCAAAAGGUGCAAGUAAAGAAAGAGGACAUUGAGCUUAUUAUGAAUGAGCUGUUAGUUACCAAGGCGCAGGCGGAAAAGGUGCUCCGUGAGCAGAGCGGCAAUGUAGUAGCUGCUCUGGAAGCAAUUAUCAGUAAUUGAUUGGGAAAACUCCUACUUAACAUAAAGCUGCUUUAUUUGUACAUUUAUAUAUGCUAGAAAAGAUAAAGUAAAAAAUUUUAAAACCAA